AUGACGCAAUAUCAAAUAUUUUUCUUUAUUCUAUUAACUUCUAAUCAUAUUGUACGAUUACAAUCUGACUAUCGUAAUCACAAUAACUGUCCACAUUUGUUUAAAACAUUGAAUAAUUGCACUUGUGUUCAUCCGAAUACAAUUGAUUGUAGUUAUUCAACAACAAUUUCUCAUUUACCACGAUCGUGGUAUUCAUUAAAUCAUAAUUUAACAGAAUUUACACAAUCAAUUAAUCGUUUUGAUCUUGUUCAUACACCAUCAAUUACAUUAAUAAGAACUGAUGAUUUUCAAGGUCUUCAAAAUCUUCGUUAUCUUUCUAUAGUUAAUACUGGACUUAUUAAAAUUCAACCACAUGCAUUUCGUCAUUUACCAUAUUUAUAUGAACUUCGUAUUGAAGGAAAUCGAAAUUUAACUGAAUUAAAUUCAUUCUCAUUUAGUGAUAUUGAAUAUAUACAUCGUAUAUCACUUAUAUCAAAUUCAAUACGUGUUAUAAAUACAGAAGCGUUUCGUUAUACACAUUUUGUUAAUAUAUUAGAUCUUAGUAAUAAUCCAUUAGAAGUCAUUCAUUCAUAUGCUUUUUUUGGUCUUAAAUCAGUUGGUACUUUAAUAUUAUGUUCAUUACCUAUAUGUCCAAUAAAACAAAUUGAUGCAUUUGCUUUUUUUGGAUUUCAUACAUGUGAUACAAUAUUAUUAACCGGUAUUCAUACAUCCUUACGUUCGUUAUCAUUUUCACAUAUGACAUCAAUUCGCCUUGUUAAUUUAUCUAAUGGUGAAAUAUCACGUAUACAUUCACAUGCAUUUCAAGGAUGUGAACAUAUUGGUGAAAUUGAUUUAUCAUCAUCAUUAAUAUCAAAUAUUGAUAGAAAUGCAUUUGAUGAAAUAAAUAAUAUAUCAUUAUUAAAUUUAAAUGGAAAUUUAAUACGUUUAUUUGAAAAAUCAAUAUUUCAACGAUUAAUUAAUUCAAUAAAACAAAUUAAUCUUGAUAAUAAUCCAAUUCAAUGUGAUUGUACACUUGAAUGGUAUUUAGAACAACGUUCAUCUAGAUUUAAAUUACCUGAUGUAUGUACAGGUCCAAUUGGAUAUGAAUGUUUAAGUCCUAAUGAACUUCAACAAUCUCAAUUACCAUGUUAUCAAAUAAAUAUAGAUAAUAAUCAAACAAAAACAAAAAAUUUAUGUGAAAAACGUGUAAAAAAUUUAAACUGGAAACAAGAUGUAUGA